ACAAAAUAAGGACAAAGUACAGAUAACGGUGUUCAAACAUGGGUCGUAAAAUUAAAGAACAAAAUGUUUAUACUUCCCACCACUGAGUUGAAGCCAACAUGCUACUUCUAUCAUAACAUACAGUAUUCUAUCUUAUUCAUUGCUUCUGCGUGCGACACAACAAAGUGGAACAUGCUAUUUAAAUAUAAUCAACAUGGCUUUGUCCUGCUUGGUUCCCAUUUCAAAAAAGAAAUAAACUUCACCGAUAUUUGAUGUGAUCCACAUUAUUUGACAGGAGACGAAACACGACUUGCAUACCCAAAACAAAUGUGUGAAUUGGAGUUGAUGAAAUUUGCUUGAUGUCGUCGUUGCAGUGUAUUCCGGUUGUGACAGACAAGAAAAACAGGUUUCCUCAGAUCCACCCCGCCGCCUGUUCGUCGUAGUAGUUCUGUCAGUUCAACUCAACAGUCUGCUUCUGCUUGGAUUUAGUUCCUGUAUUUUUUUCUUUGUGAUAUUGCAAUUUGUAUUGAUUUCCGGGAAAUGACCAUCACACAUUUCUCAAUUGACUAUGACUCCAUCAACAGCCAAAACAUCUUCACAAACGGAGAUACAAUCAAUGGAAGAAUCAUUGUGGAGGUCUCGAAAGAAACUUCAAUCCAAUCGCUAACCUUCGUCGGAAAAGGAAGUGCAAAGGUUCGCUGGCAUGAACGUCAUGGGAAACAUGAUCGUUUCUACUGGUCGAAUGAGGAAUAUUAUGAGAUCAAGCAACAUAUCUUGAAAGCCGACACUGCAUUUAUUGCCAAAGGAAGACAUGUGUUCCCCUUUUCCUUCAUGGUCCCUAACAGGAAAAUGCCAUCAUCGUUCAAGUCAACGAUUGGUAGAAUUGUUCAUAAGCUUAAAGCGGAGCUUAAACAAUCGAUGAAAUUGAAAUUGACAAAAAAAGCGAAAGCCCACUUCACAUUUGUCCCCAAAGCAGACAUGGAUAUACCUGGACUUAUGGAACCUCAGCAUGAUUGCACCGAUAAAAAACUUUCAGUCUUUGGUUCCGGAACCAUUGCAAUGGAUGCGUACACAAAAAAAAUGGGUUACAAACCAGGUGAAGAUCUCCAAGUCAAAGUUGAAAUUCAUAACCACGCGUCCCGUGACUUGAAGCCCAAAUUUGUAUUGUACGAAAAGCAGAGUUUCUUUGCUCAAGGUCACAGGAGACUUCACACGCAGGAUAUCGUCAAGGACAAACUUGACACUGUUGAUGCCCGUAGCAAAGAGACAGCGGAGAAAAGGAUCCGAAUCCCAACAAAUCUGCCUCCCUCCAUUCUGAACUCAGCCAUCAUCAAGCUGGAAUACCGGCUGAAGAUCUUUCUGGAUGUCAAAUAUGCAAUAGACCCGAAAAUCAAACUUCCGAUAGUUGUCCUACCUGCGUUUGAGUUUCCUGCAAGAAACCAACCUCCAGGUCCGGUCGUCUAUGGAUUUGAGGACUUUGGGAACAAAAAGCAACAGAGCUGGAGCGAAGCUACCCAACCUUCGGAUCUCCCUCCACCGUAUGGAGCGCAUACGCAGUAUCCCAGCUUGAGUCGUUCUGAGAAAUAUGGAAGUUGAUCAUAAAUCAUUCAAAUCAACUGUACCCAGAACGGUGCCAAAACAACACAACAAAUACAUCUAAGUAAAAAAAAAAAAAAAAAAUGGAUUAUCUUUUUUUGGGUGGUGAAAAUGACCAUCGAACGAAAUUAUUUUAAUUUAUUAUAAUGCUAAAUCUGUAUUAAAGGAGAACUAAACAAUGUUUUCCAAGAAUGCCAGCACUUGUAAAAACACACAGAUUAAUAUUGCAUUCAUGGCAUAAGUCAGAAUCCAAAUCUCAAAUUGGAGUUACAGAUAUCUACAAUUCCCUUGCAGAUAUCCGUAAUUCACUAGCCAAUAUUGACGGCUGAAUAGCAAUUUGUAACAAUUCCUGGUUUAGACGAAUCACAAUUGUCUUCCACGUAUAUUGAAUGAAAUUGCUUCAAAAUGUGGCCAAUGACUGGUCAGGAAGUUGCUGUUGUUGUUGUUAUCUAUAAUGUUAAUUCCGGAUAGUCAAACUUACCUUUUACAUGUUAAAUGCUAAAUCUCCACAAUUGAGCACGUUUUCAGCAACUAUCUUCAACCAUGUGUAAUGUAUUUAGAAACAAAUCUCUGAAUUGGCGUUACAGGAACUUUACAGGUAAUUUGAGCAAAUGUGUUAUUUCGGAAGUCUGUAUCGAACUGAUAGCGCUUUGUAUUAAUUAGUACUAAAGAAGUAGCUCUCAAUUUCUGGUUGGCGAAGCAUGGGCAGAGAAACAGAAAGUUAGUGUCUAUAAUUGACGAAAAAAGCCCGAUACAUUUGAUCAGUUGAGCAAUAGCGUUCAUUUUCAAAAAGGUUUGGUGGCUUGUGUCAUAGCAUGUUAGCUCCCAUCUAGUUAGCCCUCCGCUAGUUAGCGCUUUGCUAGUCGGUUAGUCCUCCACGUCCUCACGCUCGCUGUUCUUUUGUUUGUGUGUUUAUACUUUUAAAAUAAACUGUCAUAAUGUACUACAUAACAGCUGUGCUUUUGUAUUAGUUUUUGUUUGUUUGCUUUUUGUUUACAAAGGAUAGUUCGAUCCAUGAAUUUUGCCAAGCAACAAGCGCAAACCUGUCAUGUGAGCAACCUGUUCAAUUCUGUUUAUUUGCAGUCUCGCUGCACCCAUGAACUAGCUAAAAUGACUAUUUCAUAGUCGUAAAAAAUAUUAAAAUGAAUGAAUGAGUUCCAGUAACCCACAACAAAUGUGACUUAACAUAGUCAAGUUACAAUUUCUAUUUCAACGGAGCUAAUGAGUAACUAAUGCUGUAUACUAAAAUGACACAUGCAAGUUAAUUAGCGAGCUCAAAUGGGGGAGGAAAAAAAAGUAUCCUACUGACAAAAGUAUGUAACUACAGGAGAAGGAACAUCCACAGUACAAAACUGCAGUACGGUAUUUGAUUUCAAAGUAACCAAACCCUAAUUUUACAGCUUUUCUAAUUUGACAAAGUUGGUUUGUGUAUGAUUGUGAAAACAGGUAAAGUAUCUUAAGACGCCUCAAGAUUUUGGUAACACUGCCAUGAUUUCAGGAUUAUUAAACCCUAGUUUUAGGGUGUGCUGAUAUUUUUGACUUUAGUAACCAUUUUUCAGGUCCCCAAGUUAUUGGCGGAGGACGACAUGAGUUUCCUUUUGGCUCUCCUUCUGACUGAUCUUCGAUUUUGUUUUUUUUUUUCUUUCAUUUUAGUUUUUUUUUUUAUUAUUAAAUGUAUUGUUCUUGACAGAGAAAUGACAUCUUCCUCAUUUGGGGCUCAUCAUAAUUGAAAGGCAAAACUCAAACAACCAAGGAAGACCAAAAGAAGGGCUGAAACCAAAUUCAUAUUCCUUCAAAAAGAAGGCACGGAUAUCUCUGCACUUAUGGAACCUCAGCACGAUCGCGUCCAGAAAAAUAUCAAGCUCUCUGGAACAGUAACAAUGGAUGUGUACACAGAAAAAAAAAAAUGGUGUACAAACCAGGGUUUUGUCUCCCCCUAUUCUCGUCAGCCCUGUUCCUUGUGUCAACCAAUCCGCUCCCUCUGGCCAUUCAGGACUUGUUCAGGUGUUACUUUCGAUUCUACCACAUACCUUGUUUGCGUUUUUGGUGAAUAAAUACUGUGUUGAGAUGGUGCCUGGUCCCCUGUCUUGCUUCUCCUGCAUUCCCGCAUUUGGGUCCACCUCUUAACUGCAGACCACCACCACCACGGAACCUCACAUCAGGCUGUGCAUCAUCUUCAGUGGCAGAAGACGCUCCAAAAUAUAUAUUUGAGGAAUACUCCUGAUGUCUCACACUAAUACAAUAUAAUUUUGAUAAGAAACAUACAUCGAUUGUACAUGUAAAUUAACAUGUUGUUACAUGUUAGUCAUUCAAUUAUCAAUGCGGGCAUAGUAGCAAUAAACAAUUGAAAUGCACAUCUAGUACUUUUACUGUUACGUUUUCAGAGGACUACAAACUGUCCUGGACAUUUUUCUAAGAAUACUAACUUACUCCUUGAUGUAGUGGCAAUUCAUUUGAACCGAAAAAAGUAGAGACAAGCAUUAUGAUGGAUCCCGUCAACAUGGUCCUCUUUUGUCUCAAUCGGCGGUGAACGAGCAGAGCGAGUGCCCUUAUCUUAAAGCUCAUUGAAAGCAUUUUCACUCACAAAGGCUUUUCACUUGGUGUGUUUGGCGCAUGGACAAAUCGCCAAACACAAAACCGACCUUUCCCGCGCAUGCACUUCUGCAUGGUGCAUUCAAUACCUGCUGUGUUGAGAGUUCAGUCGCUGCCGUGCCCAGUCCUCAGUUGGUUUGUUGCUUUGUUUCUUUGUUUAAUGAAGUCGAAUUUGUUACCGCAGUCAGUGACUGCUUUCGGGUCCGACUUCUGCCUCAAAUGUCAAGGCCUGCUCUCUUUGCCGCAUAUUGUCUUAGGUUCCUGAAUGGAACCAGCUUCGGAGGAAGAACCACUGUGAACUUUUGGAAGAAACUACCCAUCGAAGGAGAUAUUUGAUAUCAUCAAAGAAGACAUAAUGAACCAGGCUCCGGAUAUGAAACAGCCAAUGACUUUAGAAGGAAUGUUUGAAACUGACAUCACAUUGUAUCCAAAAGAAGGCAUGACUAUCGCUCCACUUACGGAACCUCAGCAUGCUCAGAUCCAGAAACAUGUCAAACGCUUUGGCUCCGGAUCGGUAACAAUGGAUGUUUUCACCGACAAGAUGGCCUACAAACCAGGUGAGGGUCUCCAAGUCAGAGUGAAAAUCAACAACCGAUCAGCUUGUGCAGUGACGCCCAAGUACAUAUUGUACAGAAAGCAGAGUCGGAUUUUCCCAGGCGGGAGGACAAUUGGCGUGUUUCCUAUCCUCAAGAGAAAUGCCAAGCCCGUUCACGCCCACAGCAACGAGACCAUGACCACUGUUAUCACCAUCCCAAGAGGGAUACCUCCCACCAUUUCAAUUGAGUCACACAUUGAAAUCCAGUACAACUUGAAGAUGAAAAAAAAAGGUGUGCCACCAACGACAAGUAGUUUUUACCAUGCUUUCCUUAAACUGAACAGUUGCAUGGUCACUUGUUACCAGGCAAACUCCAUCCUGCUGCAUUCCUAUUGGAUGAUAAAAACAAUUGCUGUGUGCCAGACAAGCCAACUACGCUGUUUGACUGAGCCAGCAAGAAAACAUCUGACAUCUGCGCUCAUGAAGAUGUUGGACCCACACGAAGAGCGUCACAGGACAGCUGCUGGACCCUCGACGGUUUCCCUACAGCAUCUCCUGCUCAGCGUUUCUCCUGCCACUGACAGUGGAUUCACUGCUUCCUGACAGGCAGCACACAGCAAACCAUCUGUCUGCAUAUCAAUGCAUGCAUGUGGAACGGCUAGCUAGCACAACCUGGAGUUGAACACGCUUAACAAUGUAGCGUUUCAAGUUCCUGGGAACUAGAAUCUCUCAGGACCUGAAAUGGAAGUCAAUCAUCACCCCCCAAGAAUCUGGGAAUGUGAGGUCUGGCUGGAUAUGACUGGCUCAAACUUCACAUACCUCACACUGCCAAUACUUGUCUUGCCCAACAGUUUACAUUCUGCCAAACAACGAACCCAACAACAACAAUUGCCAGAUGCAUUCACUUUGGGAGUUGCUGAAUAUCCAAAACCAAACCAGCAAAUGCCGAAGGCUGGACAACGAUCACCAAAACCCCGGUCUAUGGACUACCCUCCUAACUACUAAAAUCAUGCAAAAGGGAAGCCAUUGCUCUGUUUCUUGUUUCUUAACCUUUGCAGGGGAUUCACAUAAUGGCAGGAAAUUGCAUCCAAGCAUAUUGAUACAAUUAUGUGUAUAUCCAAGCAAACAAAUUGCCACACGAUAGCUGUAUGUAGAUAUGUGCACUAUAUUUAUAUAUUUACAUAUUUAUACUUUUUUCUAAAAAAAUGUGUUUUUUAAGUCGGCUUUUGUUGGGGGGGUUAUUUGCUUUUUAAUGACGUGAAUGAACCGACUGACUUCAAAAUUGGGGGCGGGGGGAGUUUGAUGGUUGUCUAUCUGUAAAUGAUGUUAGUUAAACAAAUGUAUUGUGAGCUCAACUUGGCAUCGACAGUGACCCCAACACAUUGUUGAGGCCAGUGUGUACAACCGAGAGCAAUGAUUCUCAAAGUGUGGUACUAGUAGAGGUACCAGGUACAGGUCGGUUUAACUUUUAAAUGGAAUUGUUUUGUUUUGUUUUGAAACCUUUAUUUGGGUACAUUUUUAUUUAACUUUUAACUUUCAUGAAAUAGAUUUGAAUUGAAACAUGAUUUAAGAGCAGUUUUUUUUAUUUUCCUAAAUUUAAGUGUGGUAUAUAAUUUGUAGGAAUAAGACCGCGGUGUUGCUUUUGAUGAAUGCACAUUCGACUCCACUGUAUUUGAAUGUUCGUUAUGAUGGUGAUACUUCGAGAGCGAAAAAAAAAAAACUGACCUUGACAAAUGCUACUUACAGCUACAAAAUGUGUUGGACAUCCUGAAAUAAAUAAAAUCUGAUUAUUCA